CACUCACCGAGCUCCGAACCAUGGCGUCCAUGGCCACCCUCCUCCGUCGAAGGAUCCCUCACAAACCCUUCCUCCUCCAAAUACGCAUAUUCUCCAACUCUUCCUCAGAGAACCAAACCACGCAUCGCAUAGAGAAGAUUCUCGUAGCGAACAGAGGCGAGAUUGCGUGCAGAGUCAUGAGGACCGCGAAGCGGCUCGGGAUUAGGACAGUGGCGGUGUACAGCGACGCCGACAGAGAUGCGCUACACGUGAAAUCCGCCGACGAGGCCGUCCGUAUCGGUCCGCCCCCGGCUCGGUUGAGUUACUUGAACGCGUCGUCGAUUGUCGAGGCUGCAAUGCGUACCGGUGCGCAGGCUAUCCACCCUGGCUAUGGUUUCUUAUCGGAGAGUGCUGAUUUUGCUCAAAUUUGUGAAGAUAAGGGUCUUACAUUUAUUGGCCCUCCUGCAUCUGCAAUCCGCGACAUGGGCGAUAAAAGUGCAUCGAAGAGAAUAAUGGGUGCAGCAGGGGUGCCACUGGUUCCUGGAUAUCAUGGUAAAGAACAAGAUAUAGAUCUAAUGAAGUCAGAAGCAGACAAUAUUGGGUAUCCAAUCUUAAUAAAGCCAACUCAUGGAGGUGGAGGAAAGGGUAUGAGGAUUGUAGAGGGUCCAAAUGAAUUUGUUGAAUCUUUCUUGGGAGCUCAACGUGAGGCUGCUGCUUCUUUUGGCAUAAACACAAUAUUGCUGGAGAAAUAUAUCACACAGCCGAGGCACAUAGAAGUGCAGAUAUUUGGGGACAAACAUGGGAAUGUUCUGCAUUUAUAUGAGAGGGAUUGCAGUGUGCAGAGAAGACACCAGAAGAUAAUUGAAGAAGCUCCAGCUCCAAACAUUUCCAAUGAUUUCCGCUCCCACUUGGGCCAAGCUGCUGUGUCUGCAGCCAAGGCAGUUGGAUAUCACAAUGCUGGCACUGUGGAGUUUAUAGUUGAUACAGUGUCAGGCCAAUUUUAUUUUAUGGAGAUGAACACCCGUCUUCAGGUUGAGCAUCCUGUGACUGAGAUGAUUGUUGGUCAAGAUCUUGUAGAGUGGCAAAUCCGUGUUGCAAGUGGAGAACCUCUUCCCAUGAGCCAGUCACAGGUGCCCUUGUCAGGUCAUGCUUUUGAAGCCCGAAUAUAUGCUGAAAAUGUACUGAAGGGAUUUCUUCCGGCAACUGGAGUUCUUCAUCAUUAUCAUCCUGUUCCAGUGUCAUCAACAGUUCGGGUUGAGACAGGAGUUGGACAAGCUGACACUGUUAGCAUGCAUUAUGAUCCUAUGAUUGCUAAGCUUGUAGUUUGGGGAGAAAAUCGUGCUGCAGCAUUAGUAAAAUUAAAGGAUUGCUUGUCAAAGUUUCAGGUUGCUGGUUUACCAACCAAUAUCAAAUUUCUCCAAAAACUUGCGAACCAUUGGGCGUUUGAGAAUGGCAUUGUAGAAACUCAUUUUAUUGAACGUUUUAAAGAUGAUCUCUUUGUUUCUCCAUCCAAUUCAAAAUCAGCAAAAGAAGCAUAUGAUGCUGCUAGACUUGGUGCAACCCUGGUUGCUGCGUGUGUAAUCUCAAGGGAACAUUCGGUAUUGAAAGACAAUCCCCCUGGGGGCAACAAGUCACUCUCCAUAUGGUAUUCUUCUCCCCCUUUUAGAGUCCAUCAUUGUGCCGCACGUACAAUGGAACUUGAAUGGGAGAAUGAAUAUGACAGCAGUGCAUCAAAUCUCUUCACACUUUCAAUUACUUAUAAGCCAGAUGGAAACUAUCUGAUUAAGACAGGAGAAAACUGGUCCCAUUGUAUGGAAGUCAAAGCAGCAGAUCUAGGUAACCAUGAUUUCAGAGUUGAAACUGAUGCUGUAAGCAUGGAUGUCAGUUUAGCUGUUUACUCUAAGGAUCAGACUAAGCACAUUCAUAUAUGGCAUGGGUCACAUCAUCAUCAUUUCAGACAGAAAAUAGGGCUCGAGUUAUCUGAUAAUGAUGAAGUUCAACAUAAGCCCAGCUUUCAUACCGCAUCCCACCCUCAAGGGACUGUUGUGGCACCCAUGGCUGGUUUAGUGGUCAAACUUUUGGUGAAGGAUGGGACAAAAGUGGAGGAAGGACAACCUAUAUUAGUCUUAGAAGCAAUGAAAAUGGAGCAUGUUGUAAAGGCACCAUGUGCCGGGUGUGUCCAUGGGCUUCUAGUUACAGCUGGCCAGCAAGUUUCCGAUGGCAGUGUUCUCUUCAGCAUCAAGUUCAGAAAAAUGGAUUUGAGCAAUGGUGAGGGAGUUGGAGCAGUAAAGGAGGCAGCUGGCAAAUACAAUGACCAUGAAGGGGAGACUGCUUUAAAAGAGUCUAAUUCCAAAGAGAAUGCCUUGGGUUUGAAGGGAAAUGAUAUUGGUAGCAAAGAUAUGUUUUUCAGAGCAGAUAAGAUUGAUUUCAAGAUCUUGGAUAUCCAGCUGGAGGAGCACUUGAGCCGGGUUUGGUCGAGGGAUAGGGAAGUGCAGACAAUCAAGGAAGAGUGGGAAAUUGAUUUGUCUAAACUGGAACUAAAAUAUCUUAUUGCUCAUGGGACUUAUGGGACUGUAUACCGAGGUAGUUAUGGUGGCCAAGAUGUUGCAGUGAAGAUAUUGGACUGGGGGGAGGAUGGUAUUGCCACAGCUGCUGAAACUGCUGCUCUUCGGGCGUCAUUUCAGCAAGAAGUUGCCGUGUGGCAUAAGCUUGACCAUCCAAAUGUUACAAAGUUUAUUGGAGCUUCCAUGGGAACUUCAAAUCUUAAAAUGCCUUCGAAAAAUGCAUCAAGUGAAGGUCAUGAUAAUUCUCUUCCAUCCAGAGCUUGUUGUGUUGUUGUUGAGUACCUUCCAGGUGGGACUUUGAAGAAAUUUUUAAUAAGGAAUGUGAGAAAGAAACUUGCCCUUAAGGUUGUGAUUCAAAUUGCUUUGGAUCUCUCUAGAGGGUUGAGUUAUCUUCAUUCCAAAAAGAUUGUUCAUCGUGAUGUUAAAACAGAAAAUAUGCUGCUAGAUGCUGGAAGAACCUUGAAAAUUGCUGAUUUUGGCGUUGCUCGAGUUGAAGCCCAGAACCCAAGGGACAUGACUGGUGAAACUGGUACCCUUGGAUACAUGGCCCCAGAGGUUCUUGAUGGCAAGCCUUACAAUAGGAAAUGUGAUGUCUACAGUUUUGGUAUAUGCUUGUGGGAGAUCUAUUGCUGUGACAUGCCGUAUCCUAAUCUUAGUUUUGCAGAAGUUUCAUCUGCGGUUGUGCGACAGAACCUACGACCAGAAAUCCCAAGAUGUUGUCCAAGUUCAUUGGCAAGCAUCAUGCGAAAAUGCUGGGAUGCAAACCCAGAGAAGCGUCCGGACAUGGAUGAGGUGGUGAGGAUGUUAGAAGCAAUAGACACGAGCAAGGGAGGUGGCAUGAUUCCUGAAGAUCAGGUUCAUGGUUGUUUCUGUUUCAGCACAGCUCGUGGCCCAUAGAAUAUCAUAAAUGUGCAAAUUAAAUUAGUUCUGCAGCACUUCAUAGCAGGACUACAAAUUGUAUCAAAACAAGUACUUAACAGUUUUUUGCAUAAAUAGAAAACAAAAGAGCCAAUUUGAAAUUUGUUGUCCA